AUGAGCUGUGCAGAGUCUCCCAAAUCAGGACAGAAGUGUUUCCUGUUUUCCCUUGUCUCUGGAAGCUCUGGGGUCUACUUUGCCACUGGACUCCAGGAAUCAGAAAAAGCAGCUGUGCACAAACGCAGUCCCAAGGUUUUGGAGGCCCUGCAGAAGCUUAAUAUCCAAGCUGACCAGGCUCCAGUCAUUGCUGUCUUGGGCUCUGGUGGGGGGCUGCGGGCCCACAUUGCUUGUCUUGGUGUGCUGAGUGAGAUGAAAGAACUUGGCCUGUUGGAUGCUGUCACAUACCUCGCAGGGGUCUCUGGGUCCACUUGCUUAUCACUUCUCUUUGUUCCCUGGGCACUGUCUUCAUUCUACACCAAGAAUGGAAAUAUGGAAGGGAUAGAAGAGGAGCUGAAACAUCGGUAUGAGAAGAAUGAGUGGCACUUUGAUGAGAGCCUGGAAAAAGCCAUCCAGGCAUCAAGGAGGGAGAAUUACUCCCUGACUGACUUUUGGGCCUAUUUUAUUGUUUCCAGGCAAAUCAGAGAACUUCAGGAUUCGAAUUUGUCCAGCCUAAGGAAGCAAGUGGAUGAAGGAGUGCUGCCCUAUCCUAUCUUUGCAGCCAUUGAUGAAGACCUUCAGGCUGAUUGGAAGGAGAGAAAAACUCAGAAUUCCUGGUUUGAAUUCACUCCUCAUCAUGCUGGCUACCCUGCACUUAGGGCUUAUGUCCCCAUCUCAGAGUUUGGAAGCAGAUUUGAGAAUGGAAAACUGGUUAGAUCUGAGCCUGAGAGAGACUUGACUUACCUGAGAGGUUUAUGGGGAAGUGCUCUUGCUGAUAUUGAAGAAAUCAGGAAAUAUAUUUUGGACUAUUUCUAUGGCCUCUGGAGAAAAUUGAAGCAAAAAUGUCCGCUUAUCGGGACUAGAACAGUGACUUACUCAGAAGCACCAAGGAUGGCGAUGGAUGAAAUGCUCUUCGAUUUAGUGAUGGCUUAUGUCACAGAUCAGGAUGACCCCAGCAUCAAGGAUAAGCUCUGUGCCCUUCAGCAGGUUCUGGGUACUGAGACAGGUGAGUUUAGCGAAGAGAUGGCUGAGAUCAUCCAGAAUUGGAAUGAGACCUCCCCAGAGAAGAAGGAGCAGUUUCUGGACCAUCUGUUGGAUUACUUCAAGAAGACACAAGAGCCCAUCACAUACAGUGUGAAGAACUCGAUCAGGAGUUCAAUUUCGGACUAUUUGGUUUUUCUGAACGAAACUCGGAAGUGUGUUAACAAGUGGCGUUGGGGAACUGUUUACAACUUCCUCUAUAAACAUGGUAACAUUGCAGAUAAGACCAUGUGCAGCCGGGAGUUUCUCCAUCUGGUGGAUGCUGGUUUGGCCAUCAACACUCCCUACCCACUUGUUCUGUCUCCUGUGCGUGAAGCUCACCUCAUCCUCUCAUUUGACUUCAGUGAUGGGGACCCAUUAGAGACCAUCAGGGCCACAGCAGACUACUGCCAAUGCCAUGAAAUCCCCUUUCCUAAAGUGAAGGAGGAUCAGUUGAAGGAAUGGGCCAAAGCCCCAGCGAGUUGCUACAUCCUCAGAGGGGAAACAGGACCUGUUGUCAUGCACUUUACUCUGUUCAACAAGGACAACUGUGGAGAUGAUUUUGAGACAUGGAGAAAAAAAUAUAGGACAAUAAAACUAUCCGACUCAUACACACCAGACCUGGUGACAGAUUUGCUGAGGGUAUCCAAGGAGAAUGUGCAGAAAAACAAAAUGAAUAUCCUUCAUGAGAUGAAGAAAGUGGCUGGGAAUCCUGGGAACUUCCCAAGGGUGAACAAGAAGGCCUGCUUGGGAGACACGGUGCAGGAAUCCCAAGGCUCUCAGGCCAUGGAGAUCAAGAUAUCCCACAAUAUACAUAAGGAUUAAGGAUCCCUUGUACUACUUGCAGUGUUGGCAUGUAUUAGUGGACCCACCACCUGUGCUCCUUCCAAAAUCCACCAUCAGCUGUCUCUUUGUGUAGAAGAACUGCAGCUUUCAGGGCACUGUGGACCUACUGCUUUACCAGGGUCCAAUUGUCAACCUGACCUUGAUGCUCUCUGUUCCCUUCAACAACUCAGAAAAAUUGCAUUUGCCUUAGCUAUUAUAACUGAACAAUCUCCAGAGACCUAGAUGGUAUCUUUGACAACAUUAUUCAGAGUAAUGGGUCACCAGAGCUAAAAGAGGCAAAGUAUGUUCUUCAGGUGCCUCGGGGACCCUAAAGCUGAAGUACAACUCCUUGAUCAUCAGAUGUUGACCACCCUGUUUAACAUCCAUGUGGCUAAAACAAAUGUAGUGAUUGAGACCAAAGCCACAUAAAUUUUUCUCUCAUUCUGUAUCUGCUCAUUUUAUACCCAGUUUUUUUUUUACUCAGUUUUUUUUUUCUGUAAAAGGAUAGACCUUAGCUUAAAUCAUGACCCAUCUCUUCAGAGCAAUAAAAAAAAAACCCAAAUAACUCUGAGAAGACAGGUUCUGUAAGUGCUUGCUCCUUUUCCAACAGAUUGAUGAUGCACUGACUAGUCCCUCAUCAUCUCCUGUAUCCUGUGUCACCUCGAUGCAUCCCUUAUUGCUCUGCUUCCCACCAUGCUGUUGUGGCUUGCAUUCUCCCUCAAGAUCUUCCCUUCAACCUGCUUCAGGGUGAUACUUACCUUUCUUGUCUUAUCUGCUGCCUCAGUGCCUCCUUCCUGAGGCACUUACUGUUUGUUGGUAGGUUGUAAGUGAUGGCUUCCAGGUCUGUCCAUUUUACUACAAACAAUGUAACUUUACUCUUCCUGAUGACUCAAUAAACAUAAAAGACUUCUGGGUG